AUGGCGACGAAUUUUAGAAACACAACACUCAACGAGGAAAGGAUAUUUGGCAAUACCAGUGGACUAAACACGUCAGGUGGAUUGAUUUCUACCAGUCAUCCACCUCCUUUACCACCCAGACCCCAGUUCUCGGGUGGUGGGGGUGAUAUGAUGUUUGGUAAUCGUUAUGGAUUUGCUGGCCAACCUGGAUACCCCGGGUACAAUCCGUAUGGUGGAUAUUCUUCAAUGGAUUAUUACGGAGCCAGGAGCUAUGGGGGUGGCUAUAUGGGCCAAGGAUACGGGGGAUAUGGCAGCGGAGGAUACGGUGGAUUCAAUAAUCCCGAACACAGGUUUAUUCAACUAGCAGAAGAAAGUUCGCGGCCCGCUUUUCAGAUUCUUGAAUCACUCGUUGGUGCGGUUGGUAAUGUAGCCAUGAUGCUUGAUUCGACCUUCUUUGCCGUUACUAGCUCAUUCCGUGCAGUUCUGAGUGUCGCCGCAAACUUAGCACACUUGAAAGGAACAUUCGCACAAUUCUGGUCAUCCCUGGCGAUAGUUCGUGCGGCAGUGUGGUUGUACAAAAAGCUGUUGUACAAACUUAGGAUAACGAAAACAGAUCCCACAAUUGAAGCAUUCAGGGAAGCUUUCAAUGGGUCUGCCAACAGCGAAGUUACCGGUAAUAGUACGAGGAAACAUUCUUCUUCCCUGUUAGCUGCACUAUUCAUGGGUUUCAUGCUAUCCGUACCGUAUAUGCUUAUUAAACUGUUCGCACCAAAAGUGACUGCUGACACUGCAUUAAACGAUCCCGCCCAGUGGAGCGAUCCGGUAGAGGUACAAGUAUUGCACAAGUUCGAUGCUUCUAACGCUCAAGAGAUGUCGAUUCGUACGGGACAGAUAGUGCUACUAGCACCGAAAGAAAUUCAAACCGACCGACACUUGCUUAACACUGGAUGGGUACUAGCGGCCUCGGCAGAUCGAAAGUCAUGCGGUAUCAUUCCACUAAACUAUGUGCAAGCGCUUAAACAAUCAGUAGAAAGACAAUAG